CCUACCCCGCGCGUAUCAGUUUGACGAUGCGGAGCUGAUUCAGGUGUGUCUCGUGAAGGUUACGCGGACAGAUUGUCAGGUCUCACAGGGAAUCCAGGCACACCUGCUGAUGUCAUUAUACCAUCUUGUGUAAGCCUUUCUUCUGGAGAUCCAUCACUCCUGAACCAUGCGCCACUUUGCUUUGCUCAUGCUCGCUCUGUCCGUCGCCCUCUACUCCAGCUUUACAGUUGUAUGUGGUGAAUCUCCUGGAAUCUUUGGUGUGUCUUUUAUAGACGAUCGCAUUGGUUAUGGCCCUGUGUUUGAGGAGCAGCCACUGGACACCAUCUACCCUGAGGAGUCACUGGAGGACAAGAUCAUCAUGAGCUGCCGAGCACGAGCCAGCCCACCUGCCACAUACAAGUGGAGACUGAAUAACAGGGAGAUUGCAAUCGAGGAGGGUGCUGCAGGCCACUACAGCCUGGUAGGGGGCAAUUUGGUCAUCAGUGACCUGGACAAGAGCAAGCACACGGGGAACUACUCUUGCCAAGCAACCAAUGAGUAUGGCACGGUCAUCAGCCAAGAGGCAUCUGUCCAGUUUGGCUAUUUGGACAUGUUCUCCACAGAAGAGAGAGAAGCUGUAUAUGUGAAAGAGGGCCAGGGGGUGGUGCUGUUAUGUGCACCUCCUCCACAUUUCCCAGAUGAUCUUUCCUUUCGCUGGAUGCUGAAUGAGUUCCCCAUCUUCAUCUCCCUGGAUAAGCGGCGCUUUGUAUCUCAGACCACAGGGAACCUCUACAUCUCGAAAGUUGAGGCCUCAGACAGUGGCAACUACUCAUGUUUUGUGACCAUGACCAGUCCCUCCAUCGCUAAAAGCGUCUUCAGCAAGUUCAUCCCCCUGGUCCCCUUAGCUGAGCGUCCCAUUCGGAAGUACCCAGCUGAUAUCAAAGUGAAAUUCCCAGACACAUAUGCACUGGUCGGUCAGAAUAUCAGCCUGGAGUGUUUCGCAUUGGGAAACCCCAUCCCGCAGAUCCGCUGGAGGAAGGUGGAUGGAGCGUUGCCAGCCAACCAUGAGAUCCUCAUGGCAGGGGGGGUCCUGCAGCUCCUUAACGUGCAGUAUGAGGACGAGGGCGUCUAUGAGUGUGAGGCGCUCAACUCCAAGGGCAAGGACUGGCACAAGGCCCACCUCCAUGUGGAAGCUUCUCCAAAGUGGCUGGAACACAUCAGCAGCAGUGAGCAGGACAUUAGCAGUGACUAUACCAUGUCCUGCCUCGCCACAGGGAAGCCCAAACCCCAUGUAAGCUUCCUGAAGAACGGCCGGGAGUAUGGCAAGCAUGAGUUGCAUUUCACAGACUUGACAUUUGAUGACUCUGGGAUGUAUCAAUGCAUUGCUGAGAACCGCCACGGAGUGAUCUAUGCCAAUGCCGAGCUGCGGGUGUUCGCGAGCACUCCCUUGUUCGAGUUGAACCCAGUGAAACAGAGGCUGUUGGGGCCAAAGAACGGGCGUGUGGUGAUCGAGUGCAAACCCAGAGCAGCGCCCAGACCCACAUUCUCCUGGAGCAAAGGAACGGAGCUUCUCUCCAACUCUAGCAGGAUUUUCAUUUGGGAAGACGGCAGUCUGGAGAUUCGCAAUGUUACUAAGUCGGAUGAAGGGAAAUAUACUUGCUUCGCUGAGAAUGACAGAGGGAAAGCCAACAGCACAGGGUCUCUCACAGUCACAGACGCCACCAAGAUCACUCUGGCACCCUCUAAUGCUGAUGUGAGUGUGGGUGAAAAUGCCACGAUCCAGUGUGCUGCGUCACAUGACACCAUCCUGGACCUCACCUUCAUCUGGUCACUUAACGGCCAGACCAUUGACUUUGACAGGGAAGGAGAGUACUACCAUCGUGUCAUGGACGGCCAAGCAGGCACAUCGAGCUGUGAGCUUCUGAUUAAGAACACACAGCUGAAGCAUGCUGGCCGCUACACCUGCACAGCCCAGACACCUGUGGACAAUGUCACUGCCUCCGCAGACCUGGUGGUGAGAGGGCCUCCUGGACCUCCGGGUGGGGUGCGCGUGGAGGAGGUUGGGGUGAAGUCUGUCAGACUGCUCUGGAGCCAGGGUUCAGACAACCUCAGUCCCAUCUCCAAAUACACCAUCCAAUACAGAGAGAUCCGAACCCAGGAGGACUGGAGAGAUGCCACUACCUCCCCACAUAAUGUUGAAGGCAACGCAGAAAUGGCCACAGUGGUUGACCUGAUUCCAUGGACCGAGUAUGAGUUUCGGAUCAUUGCUACAAACACGUUGGGUACAGGAGAACCCAGCAACCCUUCACCUAAAACUACGACACUAGAAGCAAUUCCUAUGGUGGCGCCUUCAGAUGUAGGAGGAGGUGGGGGAACAAACAGAGAGCUCAUCAUCACAUGGACGCCUGUGCAGCCUCAGUACUACUAUGGGAGUAACUUUGGUUACAUCAUCGCUUUUAAGCCUCACGAUAGCAAUCAGUGGCAUAAAGUGACUGUGGCUGAUCCUCAGGCCAGACGUUACAUCCAUAAGGACCCCACUAUUCCCCCGGCCACAAAGUUUGAUGUGAAAGUAAAGGCUUUCAACAGUAAAGGAGAGGGACCCUACAGUCUGACCUCUGGCAUAUUCUCGGCUCAGGAUGUGCCCUCAGAGGCCCCCAUCAUUGUAGAUGCCAGAACCUUGUCAGCGACUGAGGCCAUUGUCGGGUGGCUGCCCAUUGCACAGCAGACAGUCGAGGGCUAUCAGGUGAAGUACUGGAGAAAGUUAAUGGAGAACGAGGCGUCAACUCUGCGCAUUUCCAGCAGGGAGAACCAGACACGCCUGGAUAACAUGAAGCCUAACUCCCUCUACAUCAUUGAAGUGCGUGCCUUCAAUGGCGCGGGAUAUGGCCCUGCCAGCAAACGAUACGAGAUCUACACCAAGAAAGCUCCACCUAGCCGCCCUCCAAAAAUCAUCAGCACAAAGAUGAACUCCAGUGGGACAUCGGUCAACAUCGCCUGGGAGCACGUAGAACCUUUAGCCAAUGAGUCCACAGUGGACUGCUACAAGGUUCUGCACAGGCAGGAGGGCCACAGCACUGGAAUUCUGUACACCACAGGUAAGCAGUCCAUAGACCUGCCCAUGCUGAAGAACGGAGAUUACUUGGUGGAGGUGAGAGCUCACAGCGAGGGUGGCGACGGAGCCGUGGCACAGGUGCGCAUCUCAGGUGGAGGGGUUCUGGUGGCCCAGUCUCUCAGCCUCUGUGUCCUGCUCCUGGCUGCUGUGCUCGUCCUGGCACUCUGAAUGUAGUGCUGUCCCUCCUGUGCCUUCACUCCCCACAGGAAAGAGGACUCUCACAGGAUGAAGCCUUACAGGACUCUUAACUCCACACACUCUCAAGACCAGUGAUGAAUAAUCCCUGCAUGGAAUAAGCUCUGCGGGAAGAAAAGACUCUGUGGAAACUCAUAAAAGGAGAGGACAUGGAAGAUACUCUGUAUUCAGUAUCAACAGAAGCAUGGAGAAACAUCUAAGGAGUUCUCCCUUGUUCGAGUAUGCCUUAUCUCUUAUUCUGAUCUUUUACUGCUGGGCUGCUUGUGGUAAAGAGUGACUUCUCAAUUUUACAAUUUGACACAUAUUUCAGUGGUUGGUUUAAUGUCACAGUAAAACUGAACUGCUGUCUAUCCUGUGGCAACAAUUGUAGAAGCUAUUGAAUUUGAGAGAUGGAAGGAUUCAUAAUGUUCUUCUGCAGUGUGCACUCCUACAAGUGACUUUUAAGGAAAGAUCGGUGUAAGAGUAUCUGAUUAUAAGAGUGUCUGAUUAUUGUCUUAUAUGUAGUUGGCAAGUCAGUGGCACUCUCUAUUUCCAUUUCAAAACUAAAGCACAUCCCUCACUUAAUGGAUACAGUCAAACCAAAAUCCUAUCCUGCUACACAGAUUCCAUACAUACUCUAAACAGUAUCAUGCAUAGUAGACAAUAUAGCAAUUUAUUUCAAGUUAGUAUAUUUAUAUGCAAUAAUUUAUAAGCUAUUGAUCUCUUUAAUAUAUAUUUCAAUAUAUUAUUUCUUUGUUCAUAUUAACAUAUCUCUAAUAGAAAGUUUAUUUUGCUUAGAUAUCAUUUCAAAGCCCUUACACAAAAGGAAAUGGACAGCUGGAAUAGAGAUGUGUGCAUGUACCCUCUGUGAUCUAAACAAGGAUCAUCGAGGUUUCAAUAAAAUUGUAAAUUUAUAAUCAUUACUGAGAUUCUGUACUGAAGAGUAAUUGUGUUUGUAUGUGUAGAAAACAUGUCCAAUCCAUGGAUAAAUUGUGUGUGUGUGUGUGUUUGAAGAGAGUAAUUAUCCACUGUGGCAUGUCAGGAGCUAUAUCCUUAAAGCAUCUCUGGGCAGGAGAGUUGUUUUUUUAUCUUUGAUCAUCUUUGAUCUUGGAGAAACACAGUAACCAUGGGCCUACUAAAGCGCUUUACAAUUUAGCCAGUGUCAUUGGUAGCUAUUUGACCAUGAACAGGCCUGAGUGUUGAAAAAAACUCUGGAGCAUAAGGAAAAGCCUUUGUUUUGACUGUAUCAUUAGAAUCUCUGUAUCAGUUACAGGUGCUUUGUAAAGAAUGUGGACAUAUCAUUUCAUACUCAUUUUAAUAGUGGCAUGGUUGAGGCAGCAGUUGUACUAAAUGAAGGGCAGUGUAGUGUCUGCUGCUAAAAAAGUGAACCACUUCAAACUUUUCUGAAGAGAAUCUGAAGGGAAACUGAAGGGAAAACUAGGCAUUCCACUCCUAAAAACAAAAAAAAACAUUUAAAGGUAAAUACCUGCUUGUCUGUUUAGUGCCCUGUAUGCCUAAGAAUUGUAUUGUUGUUUUUUAUGAUGGACGAAGAUGCUGAAGCAUUUAGGAAAUCUGUGAUUCUCAUGCAGAAUGAGCAGGCAAGCCAUUAACAGGCUGAGACACUAGUCAUCUAGUUAUGAUUGUGAUAACAUUGAAUGAGCAGUUUAUUGCUAGAUGGUUUAGUAAAUGUAACCCAAUGUCUGUUAAAGUUCAACAAAUUGAA